AACUGUUUCUCCAACCACUUAUGCUGCCGUGCAACCACUGCAUUUGUGAGAAGUGUAUAAAUAAAAGCAAGACCAGAGCUGAAGUAACUGAAAAGUUUCGUACCAUCUUAUGCCCAGUGUGUAGCAAAGCACACUGCCUUGACUACACAAAUUCAGCUGAGGAAGGAUUAUCUCAGAGCAAAACUAGCCAAGAAAUACAUGCACAGACAUGGCUUUCUGAGGUGGAGGUUUGACCGUAAUGAAAGACCAGUCUACUGUGAAACUUGCAAGAAGAGAAGAGUGGCAACCAAAAGAUGUAGAACGUGUGGAAUCAAUUAUUGUUGUGAAUGUCUGUAUUUAAGUCACAACAAGUAUAGUCUUCAAGACCACAUUUUAACCAGAGCACAUCACAAAGAUAAUGAACAGUAGCACUCCUUACUGCACAACAACUCAGCCCUCUCUGAAUACUGUCUGGAUGACCAUGAACUGAUCUGUGGGUUCUGCAAGAGCUCACUACACAACAAUCAUAAGGUUAUUCCCUUGGGAGUCGCGUGUUCAAGAGAGGCUACUUCCCUCUUUGGUACAAUUGAAUAAUUUACAAAAGUACACCAAGGAAUUGACAAUGAUCUAAUGGAAGUUAUCCUGUCAAAAAAUAAAUUCAAGACCUAUAAGGACACCAAAAGAAAGGAGAUUAGAAAUGGAUUCUUAAAACUAAAUAUGGUUCUUCAUCAACAAGAAAAGGAGAUGAUGGAGUUGCUUGAAAACAUUGAACUUAAAAAACAGAAAGAAAUUUCAGGCUAUAUAAACUAUACGUCCAGCCAGCUGGCAUAUAUGGAUGGCCUUAUUCAAUACUGUAAAGAGGCUCUUGAGGAGGAAAGCCAAGUUGUAUUUCUGCAAUCUGCACACUGCUUAGUGAAAGAAAUAGAAAAUACAGUUCCUUCCCUUUUCAAACCUAGUCCACGUCUAAGAGAAGAUCCCUAAAGCAAAGUUCACCUCAACAUUGAUGAAAUGGUCUCCAUUUUACAGGGACUUGUUCCAUCCCUUAUUGGAAUAAUGGAGUUGGAAAAUGAAGCAGAAAAAUAUCCCUAUUCUUUUAACCCAGAGAGAGCGGUUCAAGGGGGUGCCUCAAGUACUCAAGUAUCCAAGCAAGGAAUAUUUUUCCAAAGCCCGUCUUCAAAUUCCUUGUUUGAUUUAGGUGUACUGUCGAAAGACAUUCUCAGAAGACCAAACUCUAACCCUUCCAGUCAUCCUACACAGGGUAAGGAAGUGUGUGUGUACAAGGAUACAGCUUGCGAAACUCCAGGAAAAGAGAGAAAAUAUCAGAUUGUUAAAGAUUCAAGUCCACAACCUAAAGACAGUGACUCAGUCCCAGUCCCAGUAUCUGUGCUCAUAUACCAGACUGUUGUUUACUCAAGGUCUGCCAAAAUUUACUGGACUUGUCCCACAGAAGAGGUGGACUUAUUUGAGAUAGAGUUUUAUGAAUUUGCUAGAACUAGUCCUGAUAACAUUGUCCAGACACAACUAGCUGGCCAGCUAAGCAAAAUACAGCAGCACAACUUGGAGAUACGUAAUUUGGAUCCAAAUACAGGAUACCUGUUUAAAGUCCGUGCUGUCAACAAAAGAGGCCAAGGAGACUGGAGUGAGAUCUGUAAGAUAAGCACUUUAGAUGAACCUGAGAAAACUCAAGAACAGGUGGAAGAAGCAGAAGAGCAUUCAGGCUGCUCUGCAUACUCCAUAUAAAGAAACAAAGAACAAAGCCAGGGAUUCCUUUAUUUUCUUUUCUGUGAAGAACUGGAAAAUGUGUAUCCUCUCUUAUGCAAUAUCCCAUUUUCAACUGAAGUUAGCAGCCAAAGAUCUUCAGACUAUUAUUGCUUUAUGGCAAAUAAUAAUAAUAAUAAACCUC